AUGAGUAGCUCUACUCCGCUGAAGAGUAUCAUCCUGGUUGGACCGGGAGGCUCCCUAGGCUCCGUCCUUCUCGAAGGCCUCCUCUACGUAUCCACCUUCUCCGUAUCAGUCCUUGUUCGCGAGUCAUCCAAGUCAAUCGGCUCCCUUCCAGCCGACCGUCUACAUAAGAUCGUCAAGAUCGCAGAUUCCUACCCGCAAGAUGAAAUCAUUGCAGCAUUCCAAGGCCAAGAUGCGGUCGUCAACGCCAUCACCAGCACGCUCGUAGAAGAGCAAUUACGCUUCAUCGAUGCGGCUAUUGAGGCCGGUGUUAAACGCUACGUCCCCUCCGAGUAUGGGAUGAACAAUCUGCGACCGGAAGCGAGGGCAUUGAACUCGGUGUUUGAUGGUAAGGGUAAGGUGCAGGAGUACUUGAAGUCGAAGGAGUCGACUGGACUUACCUGGAAUGCUAUUGGCUGUGGGAUGUGGAUUGACUGGUCGCUGAAGAACAACUUCCUCGGCCUCAACUACGCCACCAAAACCAUCACAAUGGCAGACGAAGGCAAGGGCAAAUUCAGCACUUCAACAAUGGAGAACACGUACCUGGCCGUCAACCGCUGCCUCUUGAAUCCGGAGAUGACGAAGAAUACCGUCGUCUACAUCUCCGAUUUCGUGACGACCCAAGCUGACCUAGUUGCGGCCAUUGAACGUAUCCGUGGCGAGAAGUGGAAUGUCGAGCAGUUCGACUCGUACAAGGCCAUCGAGGAGAACAAGAAAAAGGUUGAAGCGGGUGAUCAUCUCGCGGUUUACAAGCUGAUUGAGAUCGGAUUUGUGACUGGAAGGUAUGGCGGGUGGUUGGAGGAGAAGGAGAAGAUCUGGAAUCAGGACCUCGGGUUGCCGAAGCAGGAGUUUGAGGAUGUUGUGAGGAAGGGUUUGGAGAAGAUGAAGGCGUGA